AUGAAGGAUUUGGGAAAAUUAAAAUAUUUUCUUGGGCUUGAAAUUGCUCGUGGACCAGAAGGGAUUUAUGUUUCACAACGAAAAUAUGCUCUCGACAUCAUUGUUGAGGCUGGUCUUCUUAAUGCUAAACCAUGCUCUGUUCCAACAGAAUUAAAUCACAAACUCGCUCUUGCUUCAGCUCUACCACAUACGAAUCCCCAACAGUAUAGACGUCUGAUUGGACGUCAUAUCUAUCUCACUUUUACACGUCUGGAGCUCAGCUACAAUGUUCAUAUUCUGUCCCAGUUUAUGCAGAAUCCAUUGGAGGAACAUUGGCUUGCAGGGUUACGAGUUGUCAAGUAUCUCAAAGGAUGUCCUGGACAGGGUCUUUUGGAGCAUUUGGAGCAUAUGGGACGUAGGAGCAUGGAAGGGACUUGGCGCAUGGACGCAGCUCAACUGGACACGCAAAGGAAGAAGGAGGAAGCCAUCUUGAAGACCAGCUCGACCGUCUACUCGACCAACCGGUCGAGUUCCUCAACUCGACCGGCCAAGCUUCAACUCGAUCGAGCUGAGAAGUCAACAGUCAAACCCGAAAAAUGUUGCUUCCCCCUUGACUUCCUUUGA